UUCAUUGACUUGACAUGAUGGAGCAACUGAGAUUACCACCCUAGCUAGUAGGCUACCGUUCAUUGAUUAUUCCAGCAGUUAUCCCAAAAAAACGGGAACGUGAACGGGGAGUGUGUAGCGUUGCAGGCAGGAAACCAGGAGGUUAUGUUUCGUUUAAACACUAGCUAAAUAUUUUUAAAUCUGUAACGUUAGUUAUAAUGUUAAGAAAUAUUGUCGGGAUCAGAACAGUUCGGCUGUAACACAGAUGUUACAAGAUGGGGAGACGAAACCGUUAAUCUGGUAUAACGUAAUGCUAAUAGUCUGACGGUAGGGACAUUGUGCAUUUGUUUUAUUUUCCAUUUAACAUUAUUGGGUCUAAUAAUCUGCGGCCAAACCAUGAGCAAUAUGAGGGAUAAAACGACUAACGUUAUCCGCCAACAGAGCUCGGAGAAUAACUCUGUCAGCAGUAAUGAAUGGGAUAUGGCAAAUGAUGUGUUUUUGUCCGGCUACGACGACAAUCCGAUGGGAGAUAACGGUAGUGUUGCUGCGGGGGACAGGGACCCAGAGCAGCCCGGCUCUGACAUACACCUGCCGCUGUUAUCCCAUGAUGUCAUGAUGCUGGGCCUGGCUGGGGAAGAAUAUUCCAGCUCGUAUCUGGACAUCGAUCCAAACUACACAGAAAGUGACGGAAAUUCCACAACCAAGAAGCGCAUACGGUCAAAUAGCUCCAGGCACCGCGGUGAGAUCGUCACUGAGCUGGGACCAGAGGAGGUGCGGUGGUUUUACAAAGAGGACAAGCGGACGUGGAAACCAUUCGUUGGACAUGACUCUUUGAAAAUCGAGAUUGUCUAUCAGAGAUUCAGUAAACAGAACCCUGACAAGGUCAAACGCCCCGUCAAACCUGUCGAGGCCGAGGAAAAGGAGGUCCAGCCGGAGAGCGGAGCCGAGGACAGUGCGGAGUCGGCGGUGCAGCGUAGCGAAGGUCAGCGGCACUCGUCAGAAGAGAUGAGGGAUCCGGACGACAUCAGCGUGGAGGCAGUGUGUGUCAGAGGGGGACUCUAUGAAGUCGAUAUCAGGGAGAAGGAAUGCUACCCCGUUUACUGGAACCAGCAAGACCGUAUUCCUGUGAUGAGGGGUCAGUGGUUCAUUGAUGGAACGUGGCUUCCCCUGGAGGAGGACGAGAGUGACCUCAUCGAGAUGGAGAACCUUGCCCGCUUCAGGGGGCAACGGAUGAGGGACACCUACGAAAUGGAGGUGGUGACCACCACGGUGGACAGCAAGGAUGCCAUCCACAGUCUGAAGCUGAGCAGGAGUCAUGUGGACUGGCACAGUGUGGACGAGGUGUACCUGUACAGUGACGCCACCACCUCCAAGAUCGCACGUACUGUCACUCAGAAACUGGGCUUCUCUAAAGCCUCCAGCAGCGGGACGCGUCUCCAUCGUGGAUACGUGGAAGAGGCAGCACCUGAGGACACCCCACCUGAAACCACACACAUCGUCUUUGUGGUGCAUGGCAUCGGCCAGAAGAUGGACCAGGGCCGCAUUAUCAGGAACACCAGCAUGAUGAGAGAUGCUGCCAGAAAGAUGGAGGAGAAGCACUUCUCCGAUCGCACCACAGAGCAUGUAGAGUUUCUUCCUGUUGAGUGGAGGGCAAAACUGGCUCUGGAUGGAGACACGGUGGACUCCAUCACCCCAGACAAGGUGCGAGGUCUCAGAGACAUGCUGAACAGCAGUGCAAUGGACAUCAUGUACUACACCAGCCCUCUGUACAGAGAUGAGAUAACCAGGGGUUUGACUCUGGAGCUGAAUCGUCUGUACUCACUCUUCUGCUCGCGAAAUCCAGACUUUGAGAAAAAUGGGAAGGUGUCCAUAGUAUCACACUCACUGGGCUGCGUCAUCACUUAUGACAUCAUGACGGGCUGGGACCCUUUGCGCUUUCACCAUCAAGAAUCGCCAGACCCUGAGGAGACAAUGGUCUACUGGUCGAGUGAUGAGGAGCACUACCUUCAGGAGCAGCUAAGACUCACACGCCUCAGGUUGAGGGACUUGGAGGAUCAAUUCCAGCAUCUGCAGACCUCGUCUUGUUCAGUGCCAGCUUUGAAAUUCAAGGUAGAAAAUUUCUUCUGCAUGGGCUCUCCUCUUGCUGUUUUUUUGGCGUUGCGAGGAAUCCGGCCUGGAAAUAAUGGUGUGCAGGAUCACAUCCUCCCCACAUCUAUCUGCAAACGCCUCUUCAACAUCUUUCAUCCCACAGACCCUGUGGCAUACAGAUUGGAGCCUCUUAUCUUAAAGCACUACAGUAACAUUGCACCUGUUCAAAUCCACUGGUACAACACCACCAGCCCAACACAGUACGCUCGGAUCCGGCCCACACUGCUCAACCCCCCAAAGGAAACAACAUCUGUCUCAGACUCAGAGAGCAUCCCAAGCCCCUGCACUUCCCCGCCCCAGGCCAGACGCCACUAUGGAGAGUCUAUCACCAACCUUGGCAAGGCCAGCAUCAUGGGUGCUGCCAGUCUUGGAAAGGGAAUCGGAGGAAUCCUGUUUUCCCGCUUUUCCCGUUCUAGUGGCCAGGUGGGCGGAGUGGAGGAGGAGCCAUCAGAUUCUGAGGGUGGAGCCUCUGAGGUGGAGAAUGUGGCAUCAGGAGAUGAAGGGGCAAUAGUGUCAGAGAACGAAGAGAAAGAUGAAGAAAUAGAGAAAGAGAGGACAGUCGUGGAGCCUGCAAUGUCCCAGUCUGCCUCAGCUGUCAUGGACAGCACCACAUGUUUCAAGAGAGGACAACUAUCCAGAAGACAUGACAGUGAAGAUGACAAGAGCGGGAAAAUGUCCAGUGUAAUCUCAAUACAGGACUCACACUGUUAUAGCUUUUAGAGUUUUCAGUGGAAAGAUGAGAACUGACUGACUUAAACUCAGAAUCAAAUGAAAACCUUUUUUUACAAUUUGAAUAUGUGUGCAUAAUAGAAAGUUGUCACAAAGAUUUUAUUUCACAUUGACAAUGUUUCACUAAUGUUUAAAAGCUGUGUGAAUGUUUAAGUCAGAGUAUAUAAACUUUGAAUCAUUUUUUAGUAAUGCUUAUUCAGCACUCAUGCAUUUAUUAAGUGUUAGUUAAGGUGCAUAUGUUCUCAACUUUACAAUAAGGAUACCACAGAGCAUUAAUAUCUGGUAAGUUAUGGUUUAGUAAUGCUUAUUCAGUAUUAUUAUACAUUUAUCAAGUGUUAGUUAAGGUGCAAAUGUUCUCAACUUUACAAUAAGGCUAUAAAACAGCAUUAAUAACUGUUUCUUUAUGGUGUAUAAAUGCUUCUUCAGUAUUGUUAUACAUUAAUUAGGUGAUAGUUAAGGUGCAUAUGUUCUCAACUUUACAAUAAGGCUACCAAACAGCAUUAAUAACUGCUUAAUUAUGGUUUAGUAAUGCUAAUUCAGUAUUAUUAUAAUUUUAUCAAGUGUUAGUUAAGGUGCAUCUCUUCUCAACUUUACAAUAAGGCUACCAAACAGCAUUAAUAACUGUUUAAUUAUGGUUUAUUAAUGCUUCUUCAGUAUUAUUAUACAUUAAUUAAGUGACCAAAGGAAGAAGCAAACCUCUGCAUGGAGACUAUGAAGUCUUUUCACUGAUCUCACCAUCUACCAAAAGUAAGUCAUAUGUUGGAGGAUGGACAAAUAUAAUGGACAUAUGUGGACAACUAUAACCCGUAAAUAAACAAUAAAAACAGUUUUUUCAUAAUGACAUGGCUUGGCUGUGAACCCUAAGACAUACAUGCUAUGAAACAUCUUCAUCAACCACCUAGUAAUAUUAGUAAAUACCUUAAUUAAAAUCAACUAAGGGUUUACUUAGACACUUUAGUUAGCGUUUAUUUCCAGUUUAGGCUUUUUAGUACAUUACUUAAUGUUAAAUUAUACACCUUAGUUAACUGUUAACAGUUAGUCAAGGCUUGUUACUGCAUUAACUAGUGUUAAAAUACACACCUUAGUUAACUGUGAUCAACAGUUAGUCAAGGCUUGUUACUGCAUUAACUAAUGGUAAAAUAGACACAUUAUUUAACUGUUAUUAAUAGUUAGUCAAGGCAUUAACAAAUCGUAAAUAGACGCCUUAGUUAACUGUUACUAACAGUUAGUCAAGGCUUAUUACUGCAUUAACUAAUAGUACUAUAGACACCUUAGUUAACUGUUAUUAAUAGUUAGUCAAGGCUUAUUACUGCAUUAAUUAAUGGUAUAAUAGACACCUUAGUUAACUGUAAUUAACAGUUAAGGCAUCAACUAAUGGUAAACAAUGCAUCAAUUAAUUUAGAUAACAUGAGCAUUGUUAAUAAAUGUUAAUUAAACAAUUUAUUUAACUGUUAACGGUUAGUUGAUGCUCAUUAAUGCCUUAACUAAUGCUAAUUAAUGUACCCUCAUUGUAAAGUGUUACCACUCUAACUACAUCUACAUCCACAAUGAGAGAGCAGCUCUUAUUUGCCUCUGUCUACGUCAUAUGACAUGUUGCUAGCGGGAAAGGCAUAUUUCAGAGCCUAGUUUAAAAUGGGGACAUUUUCAUCAAAAUUUCUGUUUUAGGCUUUGUGUAACAUAGCAAUUUCUAUAUAUGUUUUUAAAAGACCUCUUCAGACAACAUUAAGUAUUAAUUCAGUUAUAAAUUCAACCUGCACGUUGCUCUUUAAGGCUCUCCACAAACUCAAACUUUCGUACUUUUCUGACCUCCGUCACACCUACAAACGCUCCCGGACCCUCUGAUCCUUCUCCUCCAUGCUCCUCACCACACCUCCUGCCCGCUAAGCAACCAUGAGGUUUAAAGCCUUUUGUGCCCCCAUCUCUGGAACUCUCUCCCACAAACCACCUGUAAAUGAACCCUCUCCCCACCUCGACUCAGGAUCUAAAUAUAUUUUUUAGAUUAGCAUUUUACAUCUGAUCAAGCCUUCUUACUUCCACUAUUGUUGUUUUUGUUCUUGGUUUUGUUUUUAUGUAGCUCUCUGUGUUCUUGUUUUUAAUUACUGUUUUACUGCUGUAAGGGGACCUUGAGUGAUGUGAAAGACGCCCAUACAGUAAAUAAUGAAUUAUUAUUAUUAAAUGAGAUAACACUAAAUGAGAGAAGUUGAACUACAGACAAAAUAAAUAUUUGAAAGCAAUACAGAGCCUUACUGGAUUAUAUUUUAUUAUGGUUUUGAACUGUCACCGGUUUUUUCCUCUACAUAAAUUAGAACUUUCCACCAUAAAUUGGUGCAAAGAAAUUCACCAGAAUGCAGAAAAUGAAGUGUUUUAUGGUCAGAAUUUCCUGGGGGAGGGCACUUAAUAUGUGUCAAUCAAAAAUGUGAUUUGUCACAUAAAAUAGUACGAGGUACAUUUCCAGUGAAAUGAUAACUCACCAAUGUUGAAACAGAUUUUUGUGCUAUCUACCCAGGAAUUUGCACCAGCAACUUUUGGGCUAUAUUCCCCUUCUCUAACCGCUGGGCUAGCUACAGCCCAAAUUGCCCACCUAUUAUUUCUACCAGCACACCCAUAGCAAGCUAAAACUGGCCCUGUCUGCAAUAGAGGAUUCAUAUACCACGCCCUCCAGGAUUUCCCAAUGUCGCGAGAGCAACAAUUUAUGCAAAUUCAACCAAUCACUGUAAAGUCAGUGCGAUUCGCAAUUUUGACCAAUCACCGCAACUUUACCGCAAAUUUGACCAAAAAACGUAGUUUCCCGCGACCCUUCAACCAAUCACAGCAUACCCACGUGCCAGACUUUGCGUCAGUAUGUGACUCCCACUGACCAAGCAGGAGUGAGAACGGGUUGACGUAACGCACACACGUCGCCAAACUAAUUUCCUUGUUUCUGAUAUAAAGACGAUGUGUGACUCGAACAUCUCACA